AUGGACUUAUCUCCAGGGGCGGAGCACACCGCGCUUACGCAAUGGGCUGUGUCCCACGGCAUCAACAUCAAGGGCAUUGCCCCAGCACGAUUUCCUGGUAGAGGGCUGGGCAUGGUUGCGACGCGGGUUAUACGAAAAAACGAAACCAUGCUCUCUGUGCCCGUGAACUUGAUGCUCACAAGGGACUCCAUCCCCAAGUCCUUUGUCUCACUGUUCCCUGAGGAUGCAAUGAACCACGCCCUUCUGGUGGCGCUCCUAUGUCAUGGAGACUCUACGACUCAGCCAGGUCUAGAUAUAUGGAGGAGAGUCUGGCCGAGCUGGGAGGAUUUCGAAACGAGCAUGCCUAUUUUCUGGCCGGGGUGGUUACGGCGUUCCAAUCCCGACGCAGAAGACACUGCUCAAAGCCGCAGAGCUACUGCAGCGGGUAGUGCCAUAUCAGACUCAGAUCCCCGACCUAGCCCUAACUUAUCUCUCCUCCCACCCUCAAUCUCAGGCCUCUGGAACACCAUCCCAAACCAAAACCCUAAGGCCAGGUCCAACUCCAACUCCGAAGCAGCGCCCACAUACACCCACGAAAUUCGGUACCAGAACCUCCUCCCCCGGCAAGAAAAGCGACUGCUCGACACCUGGGACGCAGUCCGUUCCGUGUUCCCCGAAACAGACUGGAAGAGCUUCGCGUAUAACUGGGCGAUCAUCAACUCGCGUAGCUUCUACUACCUCUCGCCCGGGAAGGAGGAGCCGACUGACUGGAACGAUGCGAUCGGGAUGGUGCCGUUUGCGGAUUAUUUCAACCAUGCCGAUGACGCGGCAUGCGAGGUCACGUUUGAUGGCGAUAUGUAUAGAUUCCAGGCUUCGCGGCGUUAUGAAAAGGGUGAAGAGGUCUACAUGAGCUAUGGCGCGCACUCGAAUGAUUUUCUACUGGUUGAAUACGGCUUCUGCCCCGACCAGAACCCCUCAGACGGAGUGUACCUGGACGACAUUAUUCUGCCCGAGCUGACAAGAUCCGAAAGGAAAGAGUUGGCUGAGAGGGAACACUUCGGAAACUAUGAAAUUACGGCGUCCGGUGCAGAUUCUAGCACCAUGGCAGCCGCAAGUAUAAAGUACAUGAGUCGAUCACAAUGGCGGGAUCAUGUUGAUGGCGCAUCUGACCGGGGGUUCGAUGCGAGCAAAACUGCGAGUGUAGUACGUGGUUGGAUUGAGAUAUACCAGCGGGAGUGCAAUGUGACCAUUACUUCUCUUGAAGAGCUGCUGAAGUCUGAGAAGGAGAAGGAAAAGGUCGCUUUGACACUAGCCCGCUGGAAGCAGAUACAGCGCCUGUGCGAGUGUGCUGUAAUAUCCAUGACUGACUAG